CUGUUCAAAACCCGGCUGCCGUCGCCGUCGCAGCCCGUCUGGGCAGCCUUGGAUAAGUGUCAUGGGGACAGUUUCUUAUCCGUGAGAGACAAGACUCGAUUGAGCAAGGUGUAUGUAUGUCUGUGAGUACGGUGGGAGAUGCAUCACCCCGCCAUGCAUCCAGUAUCUCAUCCUUCAUCUAACCGAGCCCAAUUCCAGCCAGCAAGCAUAUGUACUAGGUAUUGUACAGCAUGGAACCCCGUACCCCGUAUCCCGUAUCCCGUACCCUACACCACUCAACCCACCACCACCACCAGGUAUAUCCUCCCUCCCCCUCCGGCUUAACACGGUUGAACCCGGCGACCGAACACCUGCAGUCCAUCCCAUCCACCUCAAUAACGACGACGACAACAACAACAACAACAACCAUAUCCAACAACUAAUCUCACAGAAAACCCAAAUACCGAUAGGGCAGAGACGCCGAGAUCCCGAGCAUCCGGCGAGAACAACCACCCAGGAAACAAAGAAAACAAACAUUCGAAAGAUAAGCCAGAAGGAGGAAGAUUAUCCACCAACCAAGCCCGCACCCUCCCACGGUAUUGGCUCUUGUCCACUACCAAAAAAAAAAUAGAAAAAAUAGAAAAUAAAAAAAAUAAAAAAUAAAGGACCUUAAGGAGGGUCUGGGGAACUGACAAUGACCAGGAUUAUCAUUUCCGAAGCAAGUCCUCCCACCAGUUUACAACUCAAUCCCUCUCGCGGAGAGAAA